CCAAAAGAAAAGAAGACAAAUCCAUCACCCUCGCCGGCGCGAUGGGGUUUGAUCGAGGGACAGAAACGCGAAGACUCGGCUGGAUUUCAUGCGAAGCAGAAGAGGGAGGUAAGAGCAAGAAAGCGGGAAGGAAAGAGGGACAUAACAUCUUCCUAUCUGUUUCCUCUCUGCGCUUUUUCUUCUCUGCGUUUCGCUCUUCAUGUUCCUGCCCGUUUAUGAUCAUAUCCAUCACCAGCAUUUCCGUGCAAACUACGGAUGAAUGAGCAUUUAUUGUUGUCGAAGAUAAAUAUUGGAUUUGCUGCAGCGGCGAAGUGAUGGUGCCGAAUCGCGGCAGGAUGAGGAGACUGUAUCAAGUUUGGAAGGGAAAUAAUAGGUUCUUUUGUGGUGGAAGACUUAUAUUUGGCCCUGAUGUGGGUUCGUUAAUGUUAUCUGUGGUUUUGAUAGUUGGUCCAACAAUAACAUUUUGUUAUCAAAUAGUUAUGAAAAUUCAAAAUCGUGACCCUCAUCACUAUGUACUUGGGAUGCCUGCUCUAAUCGUGACCAUCGUCACCAUGCUUGCGGAUUUGAUCUUUCUCCUCCGAACAUCAAGUAGAGAUCCAGGUAUAAUACCAAGGAAUUCUCAAUCAUUACAUUUCGAAACAUCUGAUGCCAACACUCCUUCAAUAGAAUGGAUCAAUGGAAGAACACCCCGCAUGAGAUUUCCCCCAACAAAAGAGGUUAUCGUUAAUGGUUUCGUCGUCAAGCUAAAAUAUUGUGAAACAUGCAUGCUUUUUCGACCACCCCGCACUUCUCAUUGUUCCACCUGUAACAACUGUGUUCAAAAGUUUGAUCAUCACUGCCCAUGGGUUGGUCAAUGCAUUGGACUACGGAACUACCGAUUUUUUCUCUUGUUUAUAUCAACUUCAACUUUCCUGUGCGUAUAUGUCUUCACUCUUUCUUCUAUUAACAUCUUUCAAGAGAGGAAAAACUAUCACUACUCUACUAUGAAGCUGAUGUUGGGAGAGAUUAUUUCAGUGAUUCUGAUGUUAUAUACUUUUCUAUUAGUCUGGUUUGUGGGUGGACUGACCGUCUUCCAUCUAUAUCUAAUCUACACAAAUCAGACAACUUAUGAGAAUUUUCGAUACCGAUUUGAGAAGAGUGAUAAUCCGUUCAAUAAGAGUUUUAUAGAAAAUAUAAAGGAAGUGUUCUUCUCAAGAAUUGAACCCUCGAAGAACAAUUUUCGAGCAUGGGUGCUUGAUGAACCAAUGGGAAGCAUUACAUAUUCGCCGCAUUUGGGGAUCGAUGUCAUUAGCAUGAGUGACAAGUUUGAUGCUGAAAUGGGUGGAAAGAUGCCCAAUCCUACCAUACUACACAACUUGGGUCAUAAUGAAUGCCACAAAAAGACUGAGAGACUUCAAGGAAAUUCACAAGGUCCUCUAAUUUCAGCUAAAAUUCAGGAAAAUGAUCGUCAAGGAUCAAAAGGAAAAAAACACAGUUUUGCAGAUAAAGAUGAAAGCUCGGCGGAGUGCAGGGAUCGAAAGAUUGAAAAUGAAACAGUUAUAGAUGUUGUGGCUAAUGAGGAACUUGGCUCAAGUACAACAGUUGUUGCUGCUGCUGAUCAAGCUGUAAAUAUGCACCAAUCUCAGGGUUCUUCUUUAAAUAAAGAAUUUUUUGGACCAUAAAUUUUGGCGUUCAAUGCUGCGACCAAUGGUGAAAAAUGCAAACUAAUAUGUUUUAUGCGUUCGUUCCGUCCGUUCAAUUGUUAUAGUUUGAGACUCGGACCUGCAAUAUUGUCAUCAUCAAUAUGAUUUAGAAAAUAAACAAUGACGGUAACUUUACUACAUUUGUGCAUUAUUUCAACAUAUUUAUGGAUUACUUGCUGUUUUAUUUUGUACAUAAAUAUACCAUCCUAU